CUCCUCUGGUGCCUUAUCAGGAGCUGGGGUGACCAACGGGCAGCCCCACAGGGACAGGGCCAUGGGGCUGAGGCACGGGAUGAGGAGCACCAAGUGCCAGCUGGUGGCUGCCAGCCUCUGUGUCAUGCUGCUGGGGCUGUCCAUUGCUACACUGAGCACAGUCACCCGCUAUGGGCUUCACUUCUCCAUCAUCAGCAACAUCGCCCCCGAGAGCAGCUCCUACCGGGACAUCCACCACGCAGCUUUCUACGUCGGCGUCUUCCUCAGCAUGACCCUUAUCCUCGCAGCCCUGCUGAGCGCGGUCACCACGGUGCGAGAGUCGCGGUGCCUCACGGCAACG